CUCUCUCUCUCUCACACACACACACACACACACACACACACACACACACACAGAUGAAUUUCAAGACCAGCAGUAAGAAAUAUCAUCACCUGACGAAGCAAGGAGUACGAAACCGAAAAGCGAAGCGGUGGACACGUGGGUUUGUCGCCUUUGAACAAAACGAUCGAAAUGACAGAACCCGUUAUCCGCAAAUGCCGAGUCCAAAAGGAGAAAAUUGGAGAGACUAUAUAAGUCAUCGCUUGAGGAUUAUGAAGAAAGCCAUUGACGUGUAUACGAGCGAAAGAUACACCCGUCUACGAUUUGAUAAAUAUAUCGAAUCGAAUCGAGUAUGUGACAAGAUUGCUGCCAUGCUGACAAAUGGUAAGCCUUGCAUAAUUUUCUUGGGAGCGGCGAAUAUCUCACCCAACUCGCCGAUAAAGAUUAAAAAGAACAUUCGCUGCCCUGGUAACCGGAAGCUGAUUAAAAGUUUUAAGAAAAUGCUGGGCAACGUGGUGAAAAUGGUGAACGAGUUCCGAACGUCUCGACUGUGUGCACGCUGCUUCGAGCCAUUUCCUUUGGAAACAUUGGGUCAUCGUUUCAAAGUGUGCGAAUGGUGUGUGCCAGAUAACAACGACUGGCCAGAAGGAUUGAAACUACCCGAAAAAAUCGUGACGAUGAAGAGCAAACGAAUGCUGCUAUCGGAACGACAAGAAUUGCGCGAUGCAAUGGUUGCGUAUUCAAAUCAAGCUGUUGGUUUUGUGUCAAAGGUCAUUUGUUACCGAAAAAACUGGCGACAAAACGCGGCAUACGAUGCGGUUAACAACGUUGCUCAGCUACCAGGCAUUAUUCGCGACGAAAAUGUCAUCGAUUUUACAGAGGAUAACAUGCUUCUUGAUGAUGACUUCUAUGUCGCCGAAGAGGAAGCCAUCCUGAACACUAUUUGGCACCGGGACAUUGCAGCUGCAAAGCUGAUAAUAUACAAAGGUAAUUUAUUCAUUGAAUUAAAAUUGGAUUCCGAAUGA